CACAAUCCCCCUCUUACCAAGAGCAAAGCAAAAAACAUGAUGAAGAGACUGUCAUUUCUGCUCCUACUGGUCCUGCUCUUCCAAUGCUCUACCACCUUGGCUCAGCCUGCGGCCGCCCCAGCUCCGCCUGUGAUAGCCCCGGCUGCACCUGCUACGCCUGCCUUAGGCCCGGCUCCUCCUGUCUUAGGCCCAGCUCCUGCAGGCCCAACCGACAUCACGAAGGUCCUCAAGAAGGCGAGCCAAUUUACGGUGCUGCUCAAGCUCAUGAGGGCCACCUCAGUCGACAAACAGAUCAACGCGCAACUUAACAACUCGAACAAUGGCCUAACCAUCUUCGCCCCGAAUGACAAUGCCUUCUCGAGCCUCAAGUCUGGGACUUUGAACCAGCUCUCGUCUGAGCAGCAGGUUGAGCUCGUGCAGUUCCAUGUAGUCCCGACAUACUUGGCUGUGCCCCAAUUCCAAACAGUCAGCAAUCCGCUGAGGACACAAGCAGGCGGGAGCGGGAAGUUCGAGUUCCCACUGACUUUGACUACAUCCGGUAGCAGUGUGAACAUAUCGACUGGUGUCACCAAUGCAACAGUGGACCAAACAGUAUAUAACGAUGGCCAGUUGGCUGUGUAUAUGGUCGACAAGGUUCUGCUUCCAAUGAGCAUAUUCGGCCCGAAGCCACCUGCGCCGGCGCCUGCCCCAGCAAAGCCAAAGAAGAAGCCUGCCUUGGCAUCAAGCCCGGUAGCCGACAGCGUCCCGGUGGACACAUCUGGUGAAGGGAAAUUGAUGGUCCCUGGAAUGAUGGUGUUCAUUGGAUUGAGUGUUGUUGGGACAUUCUACUCGUGACGAGGAACAUUUGGGACAUCACGAGAAUGAUCAGCUUGAAACACCGAGGUGGGGGUCACUUUUGGGUUCUCCUAUGAGCUAUUAUUUGGUGAAUUUGGUUAGAGGGCAGUGAGAGAUGUGGUCAGUGAUUUGAAAUAAAUUCGAGUCCCGAUGGUAGAACACGCCAGUGAUGAGAGAAAAAGAGAAAAAAGAGAGUCAAGAGUCUGUUCAUUUUCCUUUCCUUUUCCUUCCCUUCCCUGUGUUCACUGCUUUCAGUUUUCAUGUACUUAUUUGUUGUGUCAUUGCUGAGGAAGUGCUGUAUGUUCCUGGAUUGUG